AUGCCCGCGAGCUCGCGAAACCGCCGACGCGGCGACCUCAGCGAACAUCCCGUAGGAAUAAUCGCGACGCCCGGAUCCAACGAAAAUCUGAACGCACCGAGCACGUCGGGUACGAAGAGGAAACACAAUCAAAAUGAGAAUUCUUCAACGUCGACGAAAUUCCGCGGCGUCACGCGGUCUGGGAACAACUACCGGGCGUUCAUCGCUCGAGAAGGUAAGAGGUACACAUUGGGUCAGUUUACGAGCGCGGAGGCGGCGGCGGAGGCUUGGGACCGGGCGAGCUUGACGCUCGGGGGAACACCAAAGAAUUUCGACGAGGCGCGGUACGAACGCGAACGCGCGAAAUUAAUCGAUCCGUCGUACACGAUCGAUGAUUUACGACGAGAGUACGGCAUGGGCGCGGUGGUGAAGGCGAAGAGCUCGUAUCGCGGCGUGACGAGGGACAUGAGGAGUGGGAAGUGGCGGGCGGAGAUCCACCGCGACGGCGCGAGCCUGAGCCUGGGCGUGUACGAGAGCGAAAGAGAAGCUGCGGAGGCGUUCGACAGGGCUGUGUUGGCGGUGAAGGGUCCGAACGGUAAAACGAACUUUAGCCCGGAAAAUUACCCUGAGAGAUUGAUUCCAAAGACGCUGGAAGAGUAUCGGGAUUCACUGGCCAAUCUGAAGACACGAAAAGGCGGCGGAAAGGCGACAAGCAAGUACGAGGGCGUACGACGGUACGUGCACGAGUGGAAGAACGGUGAGGUCACCGUGAAGUGGCGCGUCGAGUUGACCAUCAACGGGAAAAAGAAACAGAUCGGUUACUUCAAGACGGAGGAGGAGGCGGCGAGGGAGGUGGAGAGACGCCGAUUCGAGCUUAAGCAGUCAUGA